GUCAUCAUUGUGCGCGCCGUGUGCUGUUUUGGGAAGUCGUAUCGUCCAUUCUUUGGAUUUUCCUAAACCAGGAUGCCUCUACCUCCGGCACUGCUGGCCCGCUUGGCCAAGAGAGGGAUUGUUAAACCUACAGAUCAAGAGGCAGAUGAGGAGAUUAUUGCUGAAGAUUAUGAUGACAACAACGUAGAUUAUGAAGCCACCAGAAUAGAGAAUCUACCACCAAACUGGUACAAAGUUUUCGACCCUGCUUGUGGUCUUCCUUAUUACUGGAACGUGGAGACAGAUUUGGUGGCCUGGCUGUCCCCAAAUGACCCGUCUGCAGUGGUCACAAAAGCUGCCAAGAAACUAAGAGCUGAUGGAGGAGAUGAACGAGUUGAGAGGCAGUUUGAGAAGCCAGACAGGGAGCGAGAGCGCGACAGAGACAGAGAUCGGGAAAGGGACCGGGACAGAGACCGAGAGAGGGAUGACGGGAGGGACAGAGACAGAAGAAAGCAGAGGAGGGAAGACAUGGCACCAUACGGCAAGAGCAAAAGAGGUAGAAAAGAUGAUGAGAUGGACCCAAUGGAUCCAAGUGCUUAUUCUGAUGCCCCAAGGGGUACGUGGUCAAGUGGCCUUCCCAAGCGUAAUGAAGCAAAGACGGGUGCAGAUACCACAGCGGCGGGGCCUCUCUUCCAGCAGCGGCCAUACCCCAGUCCAGGAGCCGUGCUUCGGGCUAACGCAGCAAACCAAAUACCCAAGGAGUAAGCUGUGCUCCCAGGAAGAGAACAAACAACAAAGAAGCAGCUUGUUUUCCCUUUGCUCACAUCUUUACAUUUGCCGUAACAGACUGACAUCGUUGACAAGUUUUCUUUUCAUUGUGAAAUUUGUGACCGUGUCAGAGAGUGGAGUGCUCAGCUUUUGUACCACCAGUGCAUUCAUACUUGUGAAAUGUGUAGAACAGUUGUAAAUAUGUUUUUAUAUGACCUAAAGAUUGACCCUCUUAUUGUUAUUAGGGCAAU